AUGCAGUCCGAGGAAAUCUGCAUCAAAGAGGCGCAACUUCGAGGACUCCAAGACCUCAAUGCUGCUCCUUUGCCCACAAGCACCUGUCGCAGAAGGAAGCCCAAGUCCGUCACAUGCGACACUUGUGGACGCGAGUUUACUGAAGCGUCCAUUAACCUGCACCGUCGCAAGUGCACAAAGCUACAGCAAGAGCGGAAGACACACUGCGACGACGAACGGAGAGUUGACUUUGAUAGCCCAGAGAGAUCUCCACGAGCGAAAAGCUACGAUCCAGCCGGGCAAGCUGAAGCUUGGGUUGUACGCAGCCAGAGUGCUGAUGCAGUGAAACGUCAGAGACCCCAGACGCCGAAGACUGUGCCCUGCCAAUUCUGUGGGAAGGACUUUCUCUACACAUCCAUAAAGGUCCACCAGAGCCAGUGCGGACAGCGUCAGACUAUAGGCCAUGUUCACCUGAAGCGGGAGAACUCCCAGAGAUUGAAGGCUACACUCAGAAGUCGAGAUUCUACGCCCCGAGGCAAGACACCAUCUCCAGAUUCCAUCCCAGCUCCGGCGCUGAAGCGGUUUGCAAAGUUUGUGACCUGUCAUGUGUGCGGACAGCUCUUUGGAACGAAAUCCAUCCACUGCCACGUCCCUCGGUGUCAGAAGCUCCGAGAAGCUCGUGAGGCACAGAAACCAAUCUGGGAUCGCCAGCUACAAGUCAUGCCUCGCAACCGUGCCAAAGCGGAAGAGAUGCCGACCAGAUCGAUCCGUCAAGCUCCCAAAGCACAUACUGCCGCCACAUUGUCCAACCACCCACUAGCAGUUGUUUGUCACCUGUGUGGUCGGCAUUUCAGCUGCGCUUCGAUUGCCAUUCACCUGCCGCGUUGCCGAAAGAUGUGGGAAGAGCGUGAACAUACAAAGCUGCCAAAGGAGCGCCGAAAAGUUCCACAAGCUCCCGAAGGUCACGUUGGCAGCGAGGAAUACAACCAACGCGCGAGAAUAAUCUACAAGGAAGAGAGUGCCGAAGCUUGCCCCAGGUGCGGUCGGAGACUCGCAGACGACAAGCAGUUCAGUUUGCAUCUGGCCAGCUGCAAGAUCAACAGUGUCGCAAUGCUGGAAGACAAGGAGCAGGACCAGUUGCCAAGAGGUUGCCCGGUUUUGGUCACUUGCCACCUUUGCGGAAAAGACUUCGGCACCGCUAGCAUUGACAUUCAUCGGCAGCAAUGUACCCGAAAAUGGUCACAGCGAGAGGCGAAAAAGCCAACUGAUGAGAGGCGUCCACUUCCGCAUCCUCCCGAAAGCAGCAUCGGGAUGUCGCAGGACGAUUACAAUCGAGCUGCCCUGAAGAUCUUUCAGGGCUGCAACAUGCUCAGCUGCAAGUUCUGCAGCCGGACAUUCUGGGACGAGGAGAAGUUUGAGCAACACGUCCGAAUCUGCGAAGAUUUCGCUACUGAAGCUGCCCGAGCCCCGAGCACCCAAAGUCCUGGCCGGAGUCCUUCUCCUACCACCACACCGUCACCUAAGCACAUCCCAAGCCUGCUCUGCCAUAUAUGCGGGAAACAGUUCGGAACGGCGUCACUGGAAAUCCACAUGCGGCGGUGCGCCAAAAAAUGGGAGCAGAGACAGGCGGCAAAGCCAGCAGAGUUGAGACGUGCCCUACCUCAACGACCAGAGAUGAUGCCCGACAUGACCCAGGAGAUCUACGAUUCCCUGAUCAAGGACAUGGCGAAGACUGAGGGCAUGGCAGCCGAAGCAGAGGAGGAGACCACCGCCGUGUUGGUAAAUUGCUUGAAAUGUGGUUCCACCAUCGCAGGCGACCAGUUUCAUUUGCAUACCUGCCAUCAAACAGAGGUUGCAACUGCUUAA